GCGUUUAUUGUUAACAUUUUUUUUUUUUGUAAAGGUUCUCGUGAAAAUAGAGAAACAUUGAAAACGUCAAUGGCGGCAACCUUGUAGCAGGGGCAACUUUGGUAGGGCGCUGGGUCCUAUGCGUUUGAAAAUUGAAAUUGAAUGCAUACGAUCCAGUAAAACUGCCCGUCAAAAUUGGGUUUUUUUUGUCACCAAAAAGUGCAUCUGCUCUGUUUUGGGCCUUUCAAUUGUUACUGUAAACGUGGAAGCAUCGCUACCAGCGGGAGAAAUGGAAGCAAGUUCAGUUUCAGUCAUGGAAUUCCCUUUUAUUCUGCAACCCAACUCGAAUCACAUAACGAGAACGUCUCUUCGUUUCCAUGUUUGAUUUUUCCCUCUUUCAGCCGCCGCUGUUCUAUUAGUUCCAUAGAGCAGCCAGUCUGGAACAAAGUAGAGAAAUGACGAGAAGGGUUGAAGGAGGAAGGCUUUGUGAGGAAUUCUCACCAGCUGGAUAUUACUACUACGGGAUUUGCACGGCAGGAGGGAUGCUGAGUGCUGGGACUACCCAUCUCGCCAUCACCCCUUUGGAUGUCCUCAAAGUUAAUAUGCAGGUAAACCCGAUCAAGUACAACAGCAUUUCAUCGGGUUUGACUACCCUUUGGAAAGAACAAGGUGCUUCUGCCCUUUGGAGAGGUUGGUCUGGCAAGUUCUUUGGUUAUGGCAUUCAAGGCGGCUUCAAAUUUGGCCUUUAUGAGUACUUCAAGAAUCUUUACUCCGAUACAUUGGUAGAUCACAACCGGAGUGUCAUAUUCUUUAUGAGCAGUGCAUCUGCUCAAGUAUUUGCAGAUGUGGCGCUCUGCCCUUUUGAAGCUAUUAAAGUCCGUGUUCAAACACAGCCCAGUUUUGCAAAGGGCUUGGUUGAUGGGUUUCCAAAACUAUAUAUGACUGAAGGGCUAUCUGGCUUGUAUAGAGGGCUUUUCCCUCUUUGGGGUCGCAAUCUUCCAUUCUCUAUGAUAAUGUUUUCUACAUUUGAGCAUUCAGUAGACCUAACUUAUCGCAAUAUCAUUCAAAGGAAAAAAGAAGAUUGCUCUAGAGCCCAGCAGCUCGGCGUGACGUGUUUGGCAGGAUAUGCUGCUGGAGCAUUUGGUACCCUAAUUUCUAAUCCUGCUGAUAACAUUGUUUCUUUGCUUUACAACAAGAAGGCUGAAAAUGUGCUGCAGGCUGUGAAGAACACUGGGCUUGUCAAUUUAUUUACUAGAAGUCUCCCUAUUCGAAUUGCAUUUGUGGGUCCUGUUAUAACGCUUCAAUGGUUAUUCUAUGAUGCCAUUAAAGUGCUAAAUGGGCUGCCUACUAGUGGAGAGCUUAUCAAGCACCUAGAGGAAAAAUCAGCUUGAGCCUGUGAAAUGAGAUCAAUCUCCCCACCUGCCUACGGUGAAGUCAGAUCAAUUUCUUCCUUCAUUACAGAUAAUAACAGCAACCUCCGUAGCCUUAUUUGGUAGAACAAACAUGGUCAUCUCAUUUUGCAGACACCACGCAUGAUGGUGAUAGGAUAUGCCAAUUUAUGUCUUGACCCCCUUUUCUUUUUACCAUCCAAAGUUCAUGAAGUAUAUAUAUUCACCUCUUUGUAUUUUUUGGAGUGGGGGAAGGGGGGCGGCCCUAUAGGAAUGUUGUGAUUUGUACUCUUACGACUGCAUGAAUGUGCAGCCUGGUUUCUGAAUUUUUUUAGUUGCUUGGUUGUGAAAAUGCAUAAAGUGUUGAGGUUCGUCA